AUGCGACAGCCAAAAGAGACGCCGAAGAGUAUCCUCUACUGGGUCGAGGUACUAGAUAUUGGCCAUCAGAAAUGGCAACCCGUGGACCCACUGGUCACGAAUUCCAUGUGGAAGCCUAAAGCGUUAGAACCACCAGGUACCGACAGGGAAAACUCUCUGACCUAUGUGAUUGCGUUCGAUACCGACGGCACGGCACGAGACGUCACGAAACGAUAUUCCAAGGCUUACGCGGCCAAAACGCGGCGGCUGCGUAUCGAAACGGCUAUUGAACAUGGGGAUCGGUGGUGGCGAAAAGCGCUGAAGCCGUUUGCCCGGCGUUGGCCCACUGACCUUGACCAGAUUGAAGACAACGAGCUGACUGCGAUUGAAAGGCGCGAGCCAAUGCCUCGCAACGUAGCAGACUUUAAAGGCCACCCAGUGUUUGCACUGGAAAGGCAUCUGAGGCGCAGCGAGGUCCUUAUUCCAGAUGCGCAACCCGCAGGAACGGUCGCGGUCGGGAACAGAGCCGCGCUUGAGAAAGUGUAUCGACGGAAGGACGUACGGAUGGCCCGAAGCCGGGACAAGUGGUACCGUAUGGGGCGCGAAGUGAAGCCAAUGGAGAUACCUAUCAAGUUCUUGCCGCGACGGGUCAACGCAAAGCCAGGGGAGUACGUCGACGACGGCUAUGGAGGCGACGAGCGUAACGCCGCCGGUACGCCCGUCUUCACACAGGAGCAGACGGAAGUAUACCGCGCCCCUCCGGUCGUCAAUGGGCGAGUGCCGAAGAACAAGUUUGGCAACAUCGACGUCUACGUUGCGACCAUGGUGCCGAAGGGUGGCGUCCAUAUACCCGACGAGUUCGACACUGCUGCACGAGCCGCCUACACGUUAGGCAUAGACUACGCAUCUGCUCUGUCAGGGUUCCAUUUCAAAGGCAAGCACGGUACGGCAGUUUUUAACGGCGUAGUGGUAGCUCAGGAGUACGAAGAGGCUGUGCGUGCAGUGAUGGCAGGCUUCGAAGAUGUGGAUACGCAAGCAGAACGUAGCAAGCGGUCAUUGGUGGCUAUCCGCAUGUGGAGGCGGUUCCUCAUGGCUCUCCGUAUCCGGGAGCGAAUAUGGGCAGGCGUGGAUGCUAAGGAGCGUGCUGAGGACGAGAGAAGAUUAAUUGGGUCAGCCGAAGCCAAUGCGAAUGGUGAAGUGGACAACCAUGACAUUGAGGAGAGCGGCGGAUUUUUUGUCGAGGACGGGCCUCUGACCGGUAACGAUGCCAGAACCACAGCCGAAGGCAGAGUCGGUGUCGAGAUUGACGCAAGGGACAUUAAGGACAAUUACGCUGCAGAAAGCGGCGGCGGGUUCAUCGACGACGACGAUGAUGCAGACAUCGAUUCUCACACUGUAAACGAUGCGACCAUGGAUAACGUUAGAGAUGAACUCAUCGUUGAGGAUGAAAGUAAGGCAGGCCGUGCAGCUAGGGACGAUAACGAAGCCGGAGGUCGGCGUGGAGAAUACGGAAUCAAGACAGAAGAUUGGGGCGGAUUUGAGUCGGAGCCGGACGACGAAGAAGUCGAGGAUGCGCCUAGCGAUGUCACUGAAGAGUAUGACAUGGAAGACGACGAGGGUGGCGGAGGGUUCUUGGUGGAUUAG